UAGUUUUUGUACGAUAGCGUCCAUCACUACACUUGGCGUAAUUCAAUGACAACAAUUGUUUUGUUUGCGCGUGUAGUAGAUAAUCGAAAAGUAGCGGUUUAACUGAUAUUUCCCAACAGUCGCGCAUUUGGUUAACAAUGUUUUCACUGUGCAAACAGUCUCAUCCCGCCACUGGGGUGGAAUUCGCAAUUUGCUGUCACUUCUUCAACAAUUCUGAGGAGAACCUUGUCAUAGCAGGCGCCAAUAUACUCAAAGUGUAUCGUAUUUUUCCUCAUCUUGAUGCCGCACAACGUCAAAAGUUGCUAAAUACUAACGAUUUGCGUGCACCACCAAAAAUGCGCCUGGAAUGUCUAGCAACCUAUACCCUUUAUGGCAAUGUGAUGUCGCUACAGAGCGUAUCGCUAGCGGGUUCCUUACGUGAUGCACUUCUCAUAAGUUUCAAAGAUGCAAAAUUGUCGGUAAUGCAACAUGAUCCAGAUACAUUUGCUUUGAAAACGCUUUCCUUGCACUUUUUUGAAGAGGAAGAUGUGCGCGGUGGAUGGACCGGACGUUAUUUUGUACCAAUGGUACGUGUUGAUCCAGAUUCUCGUUGUGCGGUGAUGUUAGUGUAUGGUAAACAAUUAGUAGUGCUGCCAUUUCGAAAAGACAACAGUUUAGAUGAAAUUGAAUUGGCCGAUGUAAAACCUAUAAAGAAAACACCUACAGCUUUGGUGGCUCGCACACCAAUACUUGCUUCGUAUUUAAUAGCAUUGCGCGAAUUGGACGAAAAAAUUGACAAUGUGCUUGAUUUACAAUUUCUCUACGGUUAUUAUGAACCAACGUUGUUAAUACUAUACGAACCAGUGCGCACCUUUGCUGGACGUGUUUGCGUACGUUCUGAUACUUGUGUGCUUGUAGCAAUAUCAUUAAAUAUACAACAACGCGUACACCCAGUAAUCUGGACUGUAACUGGAUUACCAUUCGAUUGCUUACAAGUUUUCCCUAUACAGAAACCGAUAGGCGGUUGCCUAGUGACAACUGUUAAUUCCAUAAUUUAUCUUAAUCAAAGUGUGCCACCGUACGGUGUCAGUCUAAAUAGUUCAGCGGAUCAUAGUACAAAUUUCCCGCUUAAGCCGCAGGAUGGUGUGCGCAUCUCACUUGACGCGGCGAGUCUCACCUUUAUUGACAUCGACAAAUUGGUUAUCUCGCUUAAGGGGGGCGAACUAUAUGUUCUGACACUAUGCGUUGACUCUAUGCGUACGGUGCGAAAUUUCCAUUUCCAUAAGGCCGCCGCUAGUGUGCUGACCAGCUGUAUGUGUGUCUGUCAGUCGGAGUACCUAUUUCUCGGGUCACGCCUAGGAAACUCCUUAUUGCUGCAUUUCACCGAAGAGGACCAGAGUACUGUAAUAACACUGGAAGAUGUGGAAACAAACGAAAUGGCUGCAGCUAACGACGAGUCUUUGCCUAAAGCGCGACGCAUUGAGGAUGAAGAGUUAGAGGUAUAUGGUUCAGGUGCAAAGACCUCGGUUCAAUUACGCAAAUACAUUUUUGAAGUCUGUGACAGUUUGCUAAAUGUUGGCCCCAUUAAUUUUAUGUGCGCCGGUGAACGUGUGGAAUUUGAAGAAGAUGGCGUAACGCUUCGUCCGCACGUAGAGAACUUGGCUGAGUUAAAGAUUGAAGUUGUCGCUUCUAGUGGUCACAGUAAAAACGGAGCACUUUGUGUCUUCGUAAACAGUAUUACACCGCAAGUCAUAACAAGUUUCGAGCUAGAAGGUUGCUUGGACGUAUGGACUGUGUAUGAUGAUGCCAGCAAGAAGAAUACACGGCACGAUCAUCACGACUUUAUGAUAUUGUCGCAACGUUCCUCAUCGCUAGUACUACAAACCGGUGACGAGAUAAACGAAAUUGAGAAUACCGGCUUCAGCUGUCAACAACCAACCAUUUUUGUCGGUAAUCUUGGUCAAAAUCGUUUCAUAGUACAGGCGACAACUCGCAAUGUGCGGCUGCUACAAGGUACACGUCUCAUACAAAAUGUACCCAUCGAUGUGGGCUCACCAGUGGUGCAGGUCUCAAUUGCAGACCCAUAUGUUUGUUUGCGUGUGCUAAAUGGCCAGGUAAUAACGCUAGCUUUGCGUGAAACAAAAGGCUCACCGCGUCUUGCAAUUAACAAGAAUACAAUAAGCAGCAUGCCUGCAGUGAUUGCAAUAGCCGCAUAUAAGGACUUGUCUGGUUUAUUCACCGCGAAGUCGGAUGAUGUGCUCAAUCUAACAGGCAGCGGUGGCAAUUUGUUAUACGCUGGCUUGGGAUACAUGAAAGCGGAACCGCAUAUGAAAAUCGAAGAUGAAGAGGACCUUUUGUAUGGUGAGUCGGGGAACGCCUUCAAGAUGAAUAGCAUGGCCGAUCUUGCAAAACAGUCGAAGCAAAAAAAUACUGAUUGGUGGCGACGUUUGCUGCCGCAAGUGAAACCCACUUACUGGCUGAUCACAGCGCGUGAAUCGGGUACUUUGGAAAUUUAUUCAAUGCCCGAUAUGAAGUUGAUGUACUUAGUGAACGAUGUGGGCAAUGGCGGUAUUGUGCUUAGUGACUCAAUGGAAUUCGUGCCAGUGCCGUUUAGCAAUCAGGAAAAUAGCAAAGCCGGCAUACUCUUAAAUUGUAUGCCGCAACAUGCAAAUUCACCAUUGGCUCUGGAAAUCAGCAUGGUGGGUUUGGGCAAUCAGGGCAUGCGUCCACUACUUCUGAUACGUACGCGCCUUGAAUUACUAAUCUAUCAAGUGUUCCGCUAUCCAAAAGGUCAUUUAAAAAUCCGUUUCCGCAAACUGGAAACUCUUAAUAUGCUAGAUGUGCAGCCAUCCAGUAUGGAAGUGGAUGAUUUGGAAAGUGAGCUGGAAUCAUACAAUCUACAGGAGCGUUACGUUAGUAAACUACGUUACUUUGCCAACAUUAGUGGACACAAUGGCGUAAUGAUCUGUGGCGUGAAUCCACAUUUCCUUUUCCUCACCGCCAAGGGUGAGUUACGCGUUCACAAGUUUUAUGGCAAUGGCGUUAUCCGCAGUUUUGCGCCCUUUAACAAUGUCAACUGUCCUUACGGGUUUUUGUACUUCGAUCAUACGGCUGAGCUAAAGAUAUCGGUAUUGCCUACUUAUUUGACCUACGAUUCCGUUUGGCCGGUGCGUAAAGUGCCGUUGCGAUGUACACCACGCCAAAUAGUCUACCAUCGCGAAAAUCGUGUCUAUUGCCUAAUUACGCAGACCGAAGAACCUACCAACAAGUACUAUCGCUUCAACGGUGAAGACAAAGAAUUGACAGAAGAAAAUAAAGGCGAACGAUUUAUCUAUCCCAAUGCUUCUAAAUUUGCCAUGGUUCUUAUGAGUCCGGAGACAUGGGAAAUAGUGCCAGAUGCUUCCAUAGAAUUCGAGGAAUGGGAGCAUGUGACCGCUUUCAAAAUUGUAAAGCUCGCUUAUGAGGGUACCCGUUCCGGUCUUAAAGAAUACCUCUGUAUUGGUACGAAUUUCAACUACAGCGAAGACAUCACUUCUCGCGGUAAUAUACACAUUUACGACAUAAUUGAAGUGGUGCCUGAACCAGGAAAACCUCUAACGAAGUUUAAAUUGAAGGAAGUUUUCAAAAAAGAGCAAAAGGGUCCCGUUUCAGCCAUAUCUGACGUGCUCGGCUUUCUGGUAACGGCGCUGGGCCAAAAGAUAUAUUUGUGGCAGUUGACAGAUGAUGAUCUCAUUGGGGUUGCCUUUAUUGACACAAAUAUCUACGUGCAUCAAAUAAUAUCGGUCAAGUCACUAAUUUUAAUUGCUGACGUUUACAAAUCUGUCAGUUUGCUCCGUUUCCAAGAGGAAUUCCGUACACUAUCGCUUGCGUCACGUGACUUCAAUCACCUGCAGGUCUACAAUAUUGAAUUCAUGGUGGACAACAGUAAUUUGGGAUUCCUAGUCACAGAUGUAGACAAAAACUUCCUGGUCUACAUGUACCAGCCAGAAUCUCGCGAAUCUAUCGGCGGCCAGAAAUUGAUACGCAAAGCAGAUUAUCACCUUGGUCAGGGGGUAAAUACAAUGUUUCGUGUACAAUGCCACCAACGCGGCCAGCACCAGCGACAGCCAUUCUUAUACGAAAAUAAGCAUAUUGUAUUCUUUGGUACUCUGGAUGGCGCGCUUGGCUACUGUCUGCCUUUGCCUGAGAAGGUGUACCGGCGGUUUUUAAUGUUGCAAAAUGUUUUGCUGUCCUACCAAGAACAUUUGGGUGGACUGAAUCCAAAGGAGUUCCGUACGGUGAAGUGCUCUAAAAAGUUAUCGCUAAAUCCGUGCCGCUGCAUUCUUGACGGUGAUCUAAUUUGGUCUUACACAAUGAUGUCGACAGCGGAAAAAAGUGAAGUGGCGAAAAAAAUUGGCACACGCACAGAAGAAAUUCUGGCCGAUCUGUUGGACAUUGAGCGUAUUGCGGCGGUAUUCUAAGGCACUUUAUUAUUUAAAAUACUUACUGUUAUUCUUUAUGAUUUAAAAUAGUUGAUAAGGACUUCAGCAGGUAGUUAUGUGUACGAUAAAACAACAAUAUGUCUAUGAUUAAUACAACAAUUGGACUAAAUAAAUUAUUCUAAAAUAA